AUGACCAGAGCACCAUGGACCACCGUGGACCACCACCAGCCUGCCAUCAAACAUCUCAUCACAAUACUCCAACACGACACCACGGACAACCCUGGACUUAUACCAAGUGAUAGUGAAUCUCCCCAAGGGGCAUCUUUGAAUCGACUCGCAGUCUGCGAGGAAUCCUCCUCCGCCGCCCUUUCUCGAGCACUCCGCAAGUCGAAACCCGAGUGGCUGCACGAGGCCGAGCCCUCCGACCUUGAGUCGCCGGACAUCGCUGUCGUUGGCGUUCCCCCUAGCGACAAGCCAGAUCGGAUCACACGGUCAGAGUCAAGGCUCUACACCUUCUCGCAGGAGACCAAGGACCAGCUACGCAAGUUCCGACUAGGCACGUCGCGGGCCAAGACGCCCCUGGCCAAAAUUUACCAGAUCGACGCCAAAACACAAGAAAUCAAGGCAUCUUCCGAUGACACAUACAGCGACAUGCUCGAGCUGGCAGACGAACUGCCCGACUCGUCACCACGGUUCAUCCUCUUGAGUUACCCCUUAACUCUGCCCUCAGGCCGCCAAUCCGUCCCCUACGUCCUCCUCUAUUACUUACCGGUGAACUGCAACCCGAACAUGCGCAUGAGCUACGCCGGGGCGGUCGAGCUGAUGCGCUCCACCGCAGAGGUCAAUCGCGUGCUGGAGAUCGCCGACGCCGAGGAUCUGCAGGAGAUUGAGGGACGGUUGAAGGGCGAGGACUAG